CUUUUACAGAAUAAAGUGAGUUUAGUUGGCUUAGUAGAAACAAGAGUUAAAAGUAAUAAUGUGAGAUCAGUUAUGUAAGGAAUAACACCUGGUUGGAAGGCACUACACAAUUAUGAGGACAGUCCUAAUGGGAGGAUAUGGCUGAUAUGGGAUGAUAAUUGGUAUGAGAUCAAGAAGAUUAACAACUCUGCUCAAAUGCUGCAUUGUCAGGUCAAUGAAAGAAGUAAAGGCUACCAAUUCAUCUUAACUGUAGUGUAUGGGCUUAACACAGUUGAACAGAGAAAGAGUUUGUGGAGAGAAAUGGAAACUCUAGCUAAAGGCAUUACUCAUCCUUGGCUUAUAGUAGGGGAUUCUAAUGCUAUAAUGUCUGCUAAGGAUAGAUUAGAUGGGAUGCCUGUAGUCAAUAAUGAGAUAAAAGAUCUAGGUGAAUGGGUGAGAGAACUGGGGGUUACUGAAUUGCAGUGGACAGGAAACUACUAUACCUGGACUAACAAGCAGUGUGGGGAGAACAGAAUUGCAAGCAGAAUAGAUAGAGCUUUUGGAAAUGAUGAGUGGAUGGAUAAAUGGGGGCAUGUUAGAGUAUAUUAUGGGAAUCCCAGUAUAUCUGAUCAUAGCUCUAUGGUGUUAAUGCUUCAACAAACUCUGCAGCAUGGGAAAGGUAGCUUUAAAUUCUUCAAUGUUUGGACUGAGCAUGAGAGUUUUAUGAAAUUGGUAGAAACUAUAUGGAGUAAAGAAUAUGGUUAUAACAAAAUGAAGCAAGUGUGGUCUAAAUUGAAAGCUCUUCAACCUGUCCUAAAGCAGUUAAAUAGGAAAGAGUUCAAGUAUAUUGGGAACCAGAUUGAGAUGGCUAGAAUGGAGGUAACAAGUAUCCAAAACCAGCUAAAUGUUCAAGUUACUAAUGAAUUGAUAAUGCAGGAGAAGAAGAUGUUGAUUAAACUUGAAAAGUGGUCUUUGAUUAAAGAAAGUGCCUUGAGACAGAAAUCAAGGAUAAACUGGAUAAAGUUAGGGGAUGCAAAUACUAAGUACUUCAGUUCAGUGAUUAAGUAGAGGAACCAAAAGAAGCAAA